CUGCUAUAGAGAUCACAUGAAGGCCUUUUGCACCUGGGUCACUCUCCGGGUCGCGUCCUCCGGAUCAGGCGUCACUGGUCGAAUUGACCCGUUUUAUUGGGAGACGUCGAAUCUAUUUAAUAUGAGCUCUGCUCAUUUAUCACCCCGCUCACGACUGACACUGAUGCCUCCCUGUUUAGUAGAGGCUCGAUCAUUCGGGGCUCUUUAGCACCAUGUCGUGCCCGGAGACCUUCGUGCGUCAGGUGCCUUGGCUAAUAAUUGACAGGUUUGGAGAGGCUUCACAGCUGGCUGGCCGCGCUCUCCACAGUCCGCUGUUUGAUCGCCCGAAGCCUCCGAGCAUGGUCAAGUGAAGAGCCGGCUGGAGAACCGGACGUCCCGAGGCCAGUAGCCCGCCAGGCGCCAUGAGUGCCCCGCUCGCCCUGCUGACAUGCGCGGCCCUCGCCUCCGCCGCCGCGAAGCCCAACGCCGGUCUGAGGACCUGGGGACGCUUCGGCAAACUGCCCUAUCCCGGCGACAAGGCGUUCCUCUACGACACCUUCCCCCGGGACUUCGUCUGGGCGGUGGGCACGGCGGCGUACCAGGUGGAGGGCGCGUACGACAAGGACGGCAAGGGGCUCUCCAUCUGGGACACCUUUACGCGCGGCGGCAACCGGAUGGCCACCGGGGACGUGGGCAGCGACAGCUACCACAACGUGCACGCCGACCUCCGGGCCAUCCGGCAGCUCGGGGUCAGCCACUACCGCUUCUCCCUGUCCUGGUCCAGGAUAUUCCCCAACGGCACUCGCGGGAGCUACAACGAACUCGGCACCAACUACUACCGCACGCUCAUCAGGAGGCUGAAGGAGAUCCGCGUGCAGCCGGUGGUCACGCUGUACCACUGGGACCUGCCCGACCGCCUGCAGCAGACCCUCGGCGGCUGGAGCAGCCCGCAGCUCGUGGGGAUCUUCGAGGACUACGCGGACUUCUGCUUCCAGACCUUCGGGGACGACGUGAAGUACUGGAUCACCAUCGACAACCCGUUCGUGGUGGCGCGCCACGGGUACGGCACCGGGGUGGUGGCGCCCGGGACGAAGAGCGACCCCGACCUCCCGUUCCGGGUGGGACACAAUCUGCUCAAGGCUCAUGCAGCCGCGUGGCAUCUCUAUGACCAGCGCUACCGGCCCCGUCAGCAGGGCAAGCUGUCCAUGGCGCUGGCCUCUCACUGGAUCAAGCCCAGUCGCACUCGCCUGGAGAGCCUGCGAGAGUGCCAGUGCUCCCUGGACCACGUCCUGGGCUGGUUCGCGCGGCCGCUGUUCACGGACGGCGACUACCCCCCUUGCAUGAAGGCGAGGCUGGGCUCGCGGCUGCCCACCUUCACGCGGGAGGAGAGGGAGCAGGUGAGGGGCACGGCCGACUUCUUCGCCCUCUCGCACGGGGCGGCGCUGAGCUUCCAGCUCAUCAACGACAGCCUGAAGUUUGGGCAGCAGGAGGACCUGGACCUGAGGAUGCUACUCUACUGGGUCAACGCCGAGUACGACAAGCCGCCCAUCUUUGUGGUGCAGAGCGGUUGGUAUGUUCUCGGCAGCACCAAGACCGAAGACCCAAAACACAUGUACUACCUCAAGAGGUUCAUCGCAGAGGCACUUAAAUCGAUUGUCAUAGACGGAGUGAACGUUAUCGGAUACACAGCCUGGUCUCUGAUCGACGGCUUCGAGUGGCACAGAGAAUAUGGGAUACGACGAGGACUUUACUACGUGGACUUCAACACUCCUGACAUGAAGCGGGAGCCAAAGACGUCGGCCACCUUUUACAGGAACGUCAUCCAAAGAAGUGGUUUCCCAGAGCUUCCGGAGAACAGACCGGCACAGGGCGUCUUCCCGUGUGAUUUUGCCUGGGGCGUGUCUGCCAACUCCAUACAGGUGGAGACCAUGCCCAGCCAGUUCGCGGACCCCAGUGUUUACCUCUGGAACAUCUCCAACAACGGAGCGCUGACGAGGCUGGCGGGCUUCAGCGCGCCACCGCUGCGGCGGACCGCACACUGUGCCGAUUACGCCUCCGUCCAACAACAAGUGGAUGAAAUCCAGCGGGUGGGCGUAAACCACUUCCACUUCUCCCUGAACUGGUCGGCCGUGGUGCCCACGGGUGAUGUGGCUCACCCCAACACCACCCUGCUGGGCUACUACCGCUGCUUCACCCAUCAGCUGCUGCGGGCCAACGUCACGCCCGUGGUCACACUGUGGCACCACACACGCCAGCGCAGCAGCCUGCCGCCGCCGCUGGAUACCGCCAACAAGUGGCUUAACAGGGAGACUCCGGAGGCGUUCGCAGACUACGCCAGACUCUGCUACAGAGAGCUCGGGGCCUACGUGAAGAUGUGGAUCACCCUGAACGAGCCCAACGACGAGAUGGUGAGCUACCAGGAGGGCCACCAGAUGCUGCGGGCGCACGCCCUGGCCUGGCACGCCUACGACCGCGAGUUCAGACACGCGCAGGGAGGACAGGUGUCUCUGGCUCUGCACAUGGACUGGGUGGAACCAGCCUUUUCGUUCAGCCGCGAAGACGUGGAACCGGCCAAAAGGGUUUUGGACUUCCGCGUCGGCUGGUUCGCGGAGCCGAUCUUCGGCAGCGGGGACUAUCCCCUGGGAAUGAGGAGCUGGCUGCGUCAGCUCAACUCACUUGACCUGCCAGUCUUCAACGAGAAGGACAAACAGCUGGUCAAAGGGACGUUCGACUUCUUUGCCAUUAGUCACUUCAGUACUAAGUUGGUGACACAUGCCAAGGAAGACUCGUACACCUACACAGCCAUGCUAGAGGUCCAACACAUGAUCGACACCACGUGGAUCAUGUCCCCGAGGCCCGUCGUGCCCUGGGGCCUGAGGAAAGCCCUCAACUGGGUGAAGGAGCACUACUGUGACGUACCUGUCUAUGUGAUGGCCAACGGCGUCCAGGAGGACCCGGCCCGCUUCAAAGACAGCCUGAGAGUCUACUACCUGUACAACUACAUCAAUGAGGCGCUGAAAGCGUACACUCUGGACGGCGUCAACCUGAAGGGUUACUUCGCCUACGCCCUGAGCGACCAGAGGGACCCGGGGUUCGGCCUGUACGGCCAGGUCCACGAGGAGGUCAUCGUCAAGGCCUCACUCUCCAACUACCGCAACAUCAUCCAGCACAGCGGCUUCCCCAUCCAGGGGGCGGCGCCGCGGCAGUGCCCCAGCUUCCCCCAGCCGUGCCCGGGCUGCCGCGUGCUGGUGAAGAGGCCUGUGGUGGGAUUCUUGACUCUGGUGGGUUCAGGGGUGGUGAUCAGUCUGUGCCUCAUCAUCUACUACACAACCAAGAGACACAAGGACUGUUACUGACCAUUCCGACUGUAGGGUUGUUGUUUUCUUUUCUUUUCGUCUUUUUAUAAACAUCUCUCAGCAAAAGACAUUGAGUUUAUUGUUCAGCGGGGUAGAGUUUAAGUCGUUUUUUAAUUAUAAUGCUUCUUUGGAUGAUGUCUGAUAAUAAGUACCUAGUGGUUGAAUCAUCCUUUGGUGUUUCAGCUGUUAUCAAAUGUUAUGUAAAGAUGCUUUAAAUUUGGUACAAUAUCCACGAGGCACAUUGAACAGCUGAUGAACCUGUAGAUUUCACAAGAUUUAUGUUUUGAGGAAAUCUUUUAAAGCCUCGACUGCUUCUCCAGUUGUAUUGUGUAAUAAUAAAUGGCCUCAUGUCCACACUUAACAUAUCAAGAAAAUGGACUACAAAGACAAAUAAUCACAAAGGAAGAUCGACAGACGACUUACAUUUUGUGACGGGAUCAAGAGCCCUGACAGUCACCGAAACAUCUAACCACCAAACUGUCCACUUGUAAAUAGUCGUUAAGUUCAAGUGCAAUGCAUCAGUCACAUGAACAGUUUUGAAACUCUUGAUGAAAGCUGCACGAUAUCGGUUCCAGAUGAUGGUGCUUAACAUGUUCAUGCUGGUCAGAAAGUUGAGCUAUAAUCAUUAUUUGGGGUUUCAAUUUAUAUAUAUAGUCCUUUGCACUCCACCAUGCUGCCAUGGUCAUUUCCCCCCCAGAGUAUCCAGAGGAAGACCCGACUGGGUGCUAGAGUUCACAGCUGAAGUCAUCUGUGUACCUGCUCUAAUGGGUUAACGGAACAUCUCCAAAUUAUAUUUUUGUCCAACAAUGCCUUAGUUAGACUGUGCAGUUCUGUGACUAUAACGAUUGUUUGUUGUUUCUGCUGGUGGAAAAACAAAGCAAUCACUGACGCCACCGUAUUUGAUGUAUUAGAUCACAUAACCACUGGUUUGACUCGGGCUGGGAACACUUAUCACUUUACAUCCGCCUUUCAUUCCCCAGUACCGUGCGGGUGUUGUCAUGUUCGAUAAUAUCCAACAGCAAUUACCAUGAAAAGUCUGUUCAUAGUAAUAAAAUCCUUGUUUGGUCAUGUU